GAAGUAUUUAUCGUGUGUUUGAGUGUUGAAAUGUUUAUUAAAUGGGUGCAAGCGAAAUAUGAUUAUUAGGAUUGCGCUAUUGAAUAUGAAAGCGAAACUUGCAUAAUUCCUUUUGUAGAUUCUGUAUAUUCCCACGAGAAUCUAUGUUAUGCAUCGAGGAAGAGGCACUCUGGUUCCUAGCCAACUAGCCAGAUUAGCUCAUUGUAACUGUUGACACAAAAAUAUAAAACGGCGUUAGAUAUCUUAGGUUAGCUACCUAGCUAGCAUAGCUAUCGCUAGCCAUCCAGUUACUUCAUAUCUGGCGUUUUAAUAAUUAACGGUGUAACCGAAGCUAAAAUUGCAUAUGUAGCUAGCUUCAGUUGUUGCACUUGUGAGAGAAGGAUUUUUCCAAGGGCACCCGAAUAUGGGAAAAGGCUGUAAGGUUGUGGUCUGUGGCUUGGCCUCUGUGGGUAAAACUGCCAUUCUGGAACAGUUACUCUACGGCAACCACUCUGUAGGUGCUGAGUCAAACGAAACCCAGGAAGACAUUUAUGUCGCCUCCGUUGAGACGGACCGCGGAGUGAAGGAGCAAUUACGCUUAUAUGACACAAGGGGGCUCCGUGACGGCCAGGAUCUUCCUAAACAUUACUUCUCUGUGGCCGAUGGCUUUGUGCUGGUCUACAGCAUCGACAGUCUGGAAUCCUUUAAGAAAGUCGAUCUUUUGAAGAAGGAAAUAGACAAAUCCAGGGACAAAAAAGAGGUGGUGGUGAUCGUGCUGGGCAACAAGGCCGACCUGCGGGAGCUCCGUCAGGUGGAGCAGGAGACGGCGCAGCAGUGGGCGCGCAGCGAGAAGGUGAAGCUGUGGGAGGUGAGCGUGGCGGAGCGCGCCUCCCUCAUCGAGCCCUUCACCACCAUCACCAGCCGUCUCACACAGCCCCAGAGCAAGUCGGCCUUCCCCCUGCCCGGCCGCAAGAGCAAGGGCGUGCCCUCCAAUGACAUGUGACCCCGGGCCAAUGAAGGUCAUCAGUCGAGGUUCACAAGGCAGGCCCACAAUUAUGCUAGUCGUAAUAUAAAGCAUUCAAAUGACUGGGACUUCCACAGCACUACACGUGUUAGGGCUAAGACAACGGUACUUAUCUGUGGUGCUUGAUUAUUCCAACUGCCACAAGUGCUCUGUUAGAGUUGUGUGUGGACGUUUCAUUCCUGUAGCAACAUGAGAAGGUCUUUAAUUACCCUAAUUGAAUGUACUAGACCUUAACAAGGCAUAACUGAUCUUGGCUCUGCAUUUUAUCCCAGUACUGUACUACUUGACUAAUAAUCUAGCAAUAUGCAGAAAGGUAUUUUGUCCCUGUGAUGGCUCAGUCUGUGCUAAACAAUUUUUGGAGCUGUGUGUGGGAGCGUGCAAGUGUGUGUGAAUGCCAAAAUUGUGUACAACUAGAGAUAUUUAUUUUUAUUUAUUGUUGUCACUUUAUGGAACACACCACAACUAAAAUAGCCUAUAACUGCACAACUCUUUCUGUAAUGCAUUUUGAAAUGUGAACCCUCUAGUUUCAACAAAGCAUGUUUUUUUUACAUAUGUUAAGGAAAGCGUAUCUUAAUAAAUGUGAUGCCGUCGGA